AUGCGCCUCGUCAACACCAAAACCAUUCAACUCGAGUUCCUCGCCGACGAUAAUGUGCCCGACUACGCCAUCCUCUCCCACACCUGGGAGCAGGAAGAGGUCCUCUUCCAAGACAUGGGACGCGAUAGCGCCAAGUCGAAAAAGGGCUAUGCCAAGCUCGAGAGCUGCUGUCGCGUGGCGCGAGAGAAUGGGUUUGAGUAUAUCUGGGACGAUACAUGCUGUAUCGAUAAGACGAGCAGUGCAGAACUGAGUGAAGCUAUUAAUUCGAUGUAUCGGUACUACCAAGAGGCUAGCAUUUGUUAUGGAUACCUCGCAGAUAUCUCUACCGUUUCCGAAAUCCCGAACAGUAGAUGGUUUACUAGAGGUUGGACACUACAAGAACUUAUUGCGCCAAGUUCAAUGAUCUUCUUCGACAGAGAUUGGAAUGAGUUGGGUACCAAGACAAGCUUAGUGCAAGCACUAUCGCAAAGAACAAGCAUACCGGAAUCAAUUCUCUGUGACAGCGAAGAGCUAGAGACGACUAGCAUCGCACAGAGAAUGUCGUGGGCAGCCGAUAGAGUCACAACAAGAAAAGAAGACAGGGCAUAUUCCCUCAUGGGUAUCUUCGGCAUCAACAUGCCCCUCUUAUACGGUGAAGGCGACAAGGCCUUCUGCCGUCUCCAAGAGGAGAUCAUGCGCGUUUCGGACGACCACAGCCUCUUCACCUGGAAAGCCACGACUUCUCGCGGCGGUUUACUUGCCCCGACACCAGCUGCGUUCAAGCACUCGGGUGACAUCAUCCCGUGGAAUCCGUUCACGCCCUAUAAUAGUCCAUUCACGAUUACUAAUAAGGGAGUACACAUGCAGGCGCCGUUUAUUGCGCAGGAUACUUCGGGUAGGGGCCUAUGUGUGCUACAUUGUACGAGGAUUGGGACGAGGGAUAAGUUGAUUGCGGUACAUUUGAGGGAUGUGUUCUUGACGAUGGAGCAUUUUGAGAGGUGUAGGACUGAUGAGUUAGAGUGGAUUGACUUGAACAGCUUCAAUCUCACUCAGUACCCCGUGAGGUCUCUUUGUAUACGGCUCCACCUCCCAUCAAUCUCCCGAACGGCACGACAAAAAGGAGGGCAUGCUGAUACAGUAUCCGAGUCUAGUACAAUCGUUGAACGCAAUGCUCUGUCAUCACCUGCAGAAGCCGCAUCAGCAGGCGAUGCUGGGUCAGUCUGGUACCUCCUCGCUCAAGAUCCAUCCGGGACAAUGCACGAUGAGGCCAGGUCAACAAUAUGUCUCGCUGCUCGUGGUGGCCACGAGCGCCUUGUCAGCCAGCUUUUGGCAAGAAGAGACACAGCGCAUCUUAUCAUAGACGACCAAGGCCGAACUGCACUCUCCCACGCUGCAGAGUGCGGCCAGGCAGCUAUCGUCAGAUUCAUCCUGUCCAGCGCUAGAAUCCAUCCUGAUACAAGGGAUAUACACGGGCUAACGGCCUUAUGGUACGCGGUUUACCACAGACAAUCUGCAUGUGCAAAACUGCUUCUCCAGAAAGGUUUGGUAUCUGGCAAUGUCGGCGGUGAUGGCAGCAUCCAAACCGCGCUUUGGCACGCUGUCUCAUCCGGCGAUCUCGACCUCGUGAAGCUCCUCCUGCAGAACAAAGCACUCCAAUCCACCGGUGGCGAACCAGCCCUCUGCGCAGCAGUCUCAAACCAACACCUCGCUAUAACCGACCUCCUCCUCCAACACGGCGCCGACCCCGACGAACGAGAUUCCAAGCGCCGAUCCCCACUGCACAUCGCCUGCAGACAGGACAACCACGCGAUAGUAGCCCUACUGAUGAGACACGGCGUCAACGCUGACGUGCUGGACACUGCGGGCAAGACAGAACUGGCGUUUGCGACGUUGAGGGGCAACGUGGCGCUGGUCAAGGUGUUGUUGGAGAACGGGGCGAAUCCAAGGGCCAAGUGUGCGAAUGGCAAGACGGCGGCGGCUUAUGCGACGGGGCAGGAGAUGAAGAGUUUGAUUGGGAAUCAGAGGUGGUAUAAGACUUUGCUUGAUAGGACGAGUACGAAUAGGUCGGCGAUGUCGUGA